AUGACCGUGAUAAACAGCCCUGUUUCAACCUCCUCCUUCCUCUUCCUCUCUCCAGGGUCCUACAUGCUGGUGAAUGCAUCCCAGCAUGCCGCGGGGCAGCGGGCCCAGCUGCUGCUGCAGACCAUGAGUGAGAACGACACGCACUGCGUGCAGUUCAGCUACUUCCUGUACAGCCGGGACGGGCACAGCCCUGGCGCGCUGCGGGCGUUCGUGCGCGUGAACAGCGGGCCCCUGGGCAGCCCCGUCUGGAACGUGUCCGGGUCCCGCGGCCGCCAGUGGCACCAGGUCGAGCUGGCCGUCAGCACCUUCUGGCCCAAUGAGUACCAGGUGCUGUUUGAGGCCACCGUGUCCAAGGAACGUCGCGGGUACAUCGGCAUGGAUGACAUCCUGCUACUCAAUUACCCCUGCUAUAAGGCGCCCCACUUCUCGCGUUUGGGGGACGUGGAGGUGAACGCGGGGCAGAACGCCUCCUUCCAGUGCGUGGCGUCCGGACGCGCCUCCGAGGCGGAGCAGUUCCUGCUGGAGAGGCAUAGUGGGGACCUGCUCUCUGCAGCUGCAGUGAAGCACUUGAGCCACCGGCGCUUCGUGGCGUCCUUCCAGCUGGACAGCGUCACGCGGCGGGAGCAGGACCUGUACCGCUGCGUCACGCAGUCCUCCCGCGGCUCCGGCGUCUCCAACUUCGCCGAGCUGAUCGUCAAAGUGCCCCCCUCCCCCAUCGCGCCCCCCCAGCUCCUGCGGGCCGGCUCCACCUACCUGAUCGUCCAGCUGAACACCAACUCCAUCCUGGGGGACGGGCCGAUCGUGCGGAAGGAGAUCGAGUACAGGGCCAGCCAGGCCCCCUGGUCCGAGGUGCACGGGGUCAACAUGGUGACCUACAAACUGUGGCACCUGGACCCGGACACCGAGUACCACAUCAGCGUGCUGCUGAGCCGGCCCGGGGAGGGCGGCACCGGCCCCCCCGGGCCCCCGCUGGUCAGCCGGACCAAGUGCGCAGUGGAGUUACCUGGAAACGAUCAGCAGUUUAAUUGUGAUUUGAGUAGUCUUAGUAUGCUCAUGUCCUGUAGUGUAAUGGUAGCGGGUAAUAAACUAACAUUUUGUAUUGUUAUGCUAGCGGGUAGAACACUAACAUUCUGUAAAGUUAUGUUAGCGGGUAGUAUGCUAACAUUCUGUAAUGUUAUGCUAGCGGGUUGUGUGCUAACAUUCUGUGAUAUAAUGCUAGCAGGUAGUAUGCUAACAUUCUGUAAUGUUAUGCUAGCGGGUUGUGUGCUAACAUUCUGUAAUGUUAUGCUAGCGGGUUGUGUGCUAACAUUCUGUGAUAUAAUGCUAGCAGGUAGUAUGCUAACAUUCUGUAAUGUUAUGCUAGCGGGUUGUGUGCUAACAUUCUGUAAUGUUACGUUAGCGGGGUGUGUGGAAAUCUCCUGUAAUGUUGCGUACCCGCCACAGAGGGGCUAUUCUGCCAAACACGAGGUGCAGCAGUUCCACUUCACUUCCUGGCCGGAGCACGGGGUGCCGUACCACGCCACCGGCCUGCUGGCCUUCAUCCGCCGCGUGAAGGCCUCCACGCCCCCCGACGCCGGGCCUGUGGUGGUGCACUGCAGCGUGGGUGCGGGCAGGACCGGCUGCUAUAUCGUUCUGGACGUCAUGUUGGACAUGGCCGAGUGUGAGGGUGUGGUGGACAUCUACAACUGCGUCAAGACACUCUGCUCUCGCCGAAUCAACAUGAUCCAGACAGAGGAGCAGUACAUCUUCAUCCAUGACGCCAUCUUGGAGGCGUGUCUGUGCGGGGAGACGGCCAUCCCGGGGGCGGAGUUUGCGCUGACCUAUAAGGAGAUGCUGCGAGUCGACUCCCAGAGCAACUCCUCCCAGCUGCGCGAGGAGUUCCAGACUCUGAACUCGGUGACGCCCCACCCGGACGUGGAGGAGUGCAGCAUCGCGCUGCUCCCCCGGAACCGGGAGAAGAACCGCAGCAUGGACGUGCUGCCGCCGGACCGCUCGCUGGCCUUCCUGGUCACCACCGAGGGCGAGAGCAACAACUACAUCAACGCCGCGCUGACCGACAGCUUCCACCGCCCCGCCGCCUUCAUCGCCACGCCCCACCCGCUGCCCGGCACCACCGCCGACUUCUGGCGGCUCGUCUUCGACUACGGCUGCACCUCCGUGGUCAUGCUCAACCAGCUCAACCAAUCAAACUCUGCCUGGCCGUGUGUGCAGUACUGGCCUGAGCCUGGUGUUCAGCAGUAUGGUCCCAUGCAGGUUGAGUUCCUGUCGCGCGCUGUUGAUGAUGAUGUCAUCACUCGUCUGUUCCGUGUCCAGAACGUCACACGGCUGCAGGAGGGCCAGCUGGUGGUGAGGCAGUUCCAGUUCCUGCGCUGGUCAGCGUACCGGGACGUCCCGGACUCUAAGAAGGCCUUCCUCAGCCUGCUGGGCCACGUCAACAAGUGGCAGCACGAGUGUGGAGAGGGACGCACCAUCGUGCACUGCCUGAAUGGAGGGGGCCGCAGUGGGACAUUCUGUGCCUGCACCAUGCUGCUGGAGAUGGUUCAGUACCAGAACUUUGUGGACGUCUUCUACGCCGUCAAAACGUUGCGCAACUCCAAACCCAACAUGGUGGAGUCACUGGAUCAGUACCGGUUCUGCUAUGAGUUGGCUCUGGAAUAUUUGGACUGCAUGGAGGUGAGAUAGCAACAGUGCCCUGGAAGCCCCUCCCCCUCCUGCCCAGACUGUGACCUGAUUGGACGAUUCC